GGUCCCAGCUAUAACUUAUCUCCCUCAAUGACUCCUCCACACUAUGAUAUGGAGUCGCCCAAAUCAGCGUUGGACUUUCUUCUGUAUUGCUGCCUAACAGCGGGUACCACUCUUAUUGGUUCCUUUUCAUUGGGUUUACUAGGGACUUUGAACGACAAGAUAUCAGGAGUAUGUGUAGCAGUAGCCGCAGGUAUGAUGACUGGAUGCAGUACAGUACUCAUGUGCGAGGCCUACUCCACCAGUGCAAGCCUGCUUGUGAUUAUAGCUGGUGUGGCGCUUGGUGUGGGCUUGAUGCUCAUAGUAGAUAGAUUCUUCACUGCCAACCCUUUGGAGCAUCUUGGGACAUUAAAACGAGCCCGUGCUAGUCGAGCUGCAGUGGUAUUAUUGGGUAUGAUGGUCCACUCCCUAGGAGAGGGCCUCUGCCUCGGUUUGUCGUCAGCCUCGGACAAGUCCCACCUCGGUGGGCUCGUUUUCGGCUCUAUAGCCAUCCAUAAUAUACCAGAAGGUGCUGCCCUAUGUUUGGCAUUCAUCGCCAAGGGUAUGAAGCCACUUGAGGGAGCAGUCUUUGCUCUCAUUGCUAACCUCCCACAACCUAUCUCAGCUCUACCAGCAUAUUUGCUCUCAAAACAUGUACUAUCGGUUACUCCCUCGUUAGUUGCAAUGGGGUUGGCUGUCGCUGCGGGGUGUAUGGGAUAUGCUGUAGUCAUGGACAUAGCUCCUGAGGCCUACCGCUUGCUGGGCAAUGACCCUCUCAGAACUACAGCCCUAACAGGACUUUGCAGUGCUGUCGUUAUCGCAGUAGACUUCUAUGCUCACUUCGGUUGAAUAUAGUUCCUCAUGAAUAGCAUCCCAUUCAUGUAUCCUACAUGUAUCGAACCUGUAGACUGGGAUUCCGGCUCCUAUGGAGACUUGAUGUGAUGACAUCUACACUAGUAUAAUUGCUUUAAAUGUUGCUCUUAAGCCC